CACAAGACAGGCUCCGAGAUUCUGAAACCUCUCAGGGAGCAGGCAAGCCGAAAACUCUUUGGAGAAGGGCCACUUCCUGAAGCAGAAGCUCAAGUGCCACGAUGACCUUGUUCUGGCUGCUCCCACUGCUCCUCUCCCUGACUCUGUCCAGCAUCACAGUCAACCUGGGGCAGCCUAUGCUGGAGGAAAAGGAAAAUGAUGACAGGGGCCUCCUGGAAAAGUUCCUGCAGAGGGCAGAGAACAUCAUCCUUAGGUCUAAACUCAAAGAAAUAGAAGAGGAGGGAAAGACAAACUCAGAACCACAGUUUCUACAGCAGGACUGGCUAGACAAAAGGCAACACCCUGGGAAGAGAUACAUGGAUGACCUGGUGAAGAGGCAGCAUCCUGGAAAGAGGGAGGGGGAGGAAGAGGAGGAAGAAGAGGAGGGGGAAGCAGGAAAUGGGGAGCUUUUCAUGGAGGCCCAAAAAAGGCAGCACCCUGGAAAACGGAGUGAGAGUGGGGAAGAGCAGCUUCUAGAGGCCCAGAAGCGCCAGCAUCCAGGAAGACGAGAUGAGUACGAUUCCGAAGCCUUCAGGGAACAGCAGAAGAGACAACACCCUGGUCGGAGAUCUCCCUGGGACAGGUACACGGAAGGUCCCAGCCCCCAGUUUAUGUCCCUAGUCGAAUUCUCCAAAAGCCAGCUCCCAGGGAUGGGGCACCAAGUGUACAGCAAGCGUCAGCACCCAGGGAAGAGGAGCUGGGAGGGAGAGCUAGCUUUUAACAGCCAGGCAGAUGUGGAAAAGCGGCAGCACCCAGGCAAGAGGUGGAUUCCGGAUUCCGGGAGCCCAGACCCAUCAAGUCCCUGUGGACCUCAAGAUGGCCCCAACUGCAGCAGAGCCAGCCUGCUUUUGGAGUUCUUAGAUGACAUCGGCAAAGGCGAGAGAGACGAGGAGAAGCGCCAGCAUCCCGGGAGGAGCCUCCCAGGGGAAGAAGAGAUGGCAGCUGAGGAGUAAGGGUGGAUCCUGCGAUUGUGCACUGUUUUCUUUUUGUUUUAGAGUGUGCUGUGAGACCACCUGAAGUUCUAUUUUGCCCCCUCUCCUUCACUCCCUUGCUAGAGAUUCAUGGUAUUGUCAACCCAGUUUGGGAAGCUCCAACACAUUUUUAGUGGGAUGAGGGCCUCCUGCUUAGAUAGUGAGUCCCAUAUGGGACGGGGAUAGUGUCCGACCUGAUUAACAUGUCUCUACCCCAGCUCUUAGUUUAGUGCUUAGCACAGAGUAAGGGCUUAAUAAAUACCAUAAUUAAUUAUGGAUACAAGGAGCUGAGGGUCGAGGGAAGGGCAGCAUUUGAGGUGGCCACAUUAGCAUGUUUCUUGCUUUUGCCCCACUCCUUCAUCCUCCCGGCAACAAUUCUACUUUUCCCACAUUUCACGGCCAACGAGGUGCUUCCAGAACCCCACCAGGCAAAGCUUGCUAGAAAGUAAAUGAGUCCAUGAGGAGCAGUCCUUUUUCUGACUAGUCAAUAGAUGAGGAAAGCAGAAGGGAAAAGGGAAAGCACAGACAGAUUUCAUAGGGAGGGAAAGGAACAUGCCAUUCAAAGUUAUUUAGACACAAAAAUCGAAUAUUCCAAUAAUGGAAGUCAGUCUCUGACCCUAGCAAGUUUCUCUCCUCUUCCACCAGUUUCCUCCUUCCAGACCACUGUGGGUCCCUGAUAGCUAGUGACAAAGGACUUAGUGGGCUCAAUCCCAUUCCACAAGGACAGAUUCCCCUUUCUCAGAAACCACUUCCUAAACUGGCAGCUCCAGGAAGGUCUCUAGGGAGCCUACACCAAGGGGGUCUAGAAGACAGGCCUCUCCUUUCCCUCCCACAUUGAUUUUCCCAGAGUACAGCAGGGCCUGUUUGCCAUUUCCUUACUAGUAUCAAACUUGUCAUUAGAGAGGAUUCUAUCCUACACUUUCUUCAAACUCAAGAUUCUUUUCUUUCCUUUCUCUCUCCCUCCUUCUCUCUCGCCUUCCCUCCUGCACCCCAACUCUCUCUCUCUCUCCCUUCUCCUUUCUGUCCUCCUCCCUUCGAGUGGCAGCAGAAAAUGAAGCUCUCAUGUUCUUGUCCCCAGGCAGGACACUCCUAAGUGGGUAAAGAAAGGCAGCAAGCAAGGUUGGCAGGUGGAAGGAUUGAACUUGUGAACAAGCACUUCCAUCAUCCUUAUACCAGUGGAAUAAGUGGGAUGAAAAGCAGCUUAUAUCACAGAAGUCUCCAUGGGAUCAUUGGGAAAGAAAAGCUCCAGGGGGGAAUUCCCAGGAAGGUUCCCCAGUAAACAGCUUAGAGUCUCAGCGAUUUGGGCUUUCAAGUCCUAAUGAUGCCCCAUAACAGAAUUGAUGGCUUCCAAUUGUCCUUUAGGUUUCCUCAUCCCUUGUGUUUUGUGGUCUGCAGAUUCCUUAAAGUGUUGAUUUCACUUCAACGAAUCAGUAAUUGUCUUCUUCCCCAGUCUAGGUGUCCUAUUACUGUGGGGGCAAAGCCCUUCAUUUAAGAAGAGAAAAUAUAAAUUGAUGUGGAUGCAUUAUUUUUCUAGAUGAAGAUCUUUUGUGGUGUGGCAAAGGUGGCAGUAGAUAAAUGCUUGUAUGUAUGAAUAUUUUAACAUCAAAGUGGACGAGUGACUUGUACACACAUAACAGUCCCUUUGGGAACCUUCUACUCGUGUAUCGUAAUAAAGCAGCAU